UGGCGUCAUUCAGUCGCCAUAUUUUAUUGGGCACAAACACCUGCCAAGUUAAAACGUUCCGCGUUGUUUGAAAACAAAUAUAUAAAUUAAUUACUAUUUCUCCCAAAAAAAAUUAAAGCAGUGAAUUUUCCCUUCAUUUUCCCAAGAAAAUAAUUUUUUCCCACUCCCAGUGCCUUAUGCUUUAGAAAAAAAGUUUCUAUUAUUUUUUUUGGCGUUGUUUCAUCUCAUCGUUUGGGUGUGUCACGAUGACGUUACUACCUGGCUUGACUCUUUCAUUAUUUUUGUUACUACAAACAGUAACAUGCCAGAGGACGCCGAGUAUUUCUUAUAUUUCGCAGGAGCAAAUAAAAGAUAUUGGAAGUUCUGUUGAAAUGCAAUGUUCAGUGCAGUAUGCGACUGAUUUUUCGAUAUUGUGGAUGAAAAAAGGUCGUAGUUAUGAUAGUACUUCGUUACCGUUAUCAACCGGUGCUACAUUAAUCGUACAAGACAGUAGAUUUGCUCUUAGGUACGAUCAAAGUUCAUCAACGUACGUUCUACAGAUUAAAGAUAUUCAAGAAACUGAUGCUGGAGUCUAUCAGUGUCAAAUUAUUAUCACAAUUAAUAAUGUUAUCACAGCUGAUGUUGAAUUGCGUGUUCGUCAACCGCCAGUUAUCAGUGAUAAUUCGACAAGAUCUUUAGUUGUCAGCGAGACACAACCUGUUCAAUUGGAAUGCUACGCUGGCGGUUACCCAACACCACGAAUUUCCUGGAGAAGAGAGAAUAAUGUUAUUCUUCCCACUGGCGGAGCUAUCUAUCAUGGCAACAUUUUGAAAAUAGCGUCAGUUCGCAAGGAGGACCGCGGUACUUAUUACUGUGUCGCUGAAAAUGGAGUGAGACCAGAAUCGAAACGUAAUUUAAAUGUUGAAGUUGAAUUUGCUCCGGUUAUAACGGCAACACGGCCACGUCUUGGACAGGCCCUCCAGUACGACAUGGAUUUGGAGUGUCACGUCGAGGCAUAUCCACCGCCAGCAAUUGUUUGGAUCAAGGACGACGUUCAAUUGUCGAAUAAUCAGCAUUUUAAAAUUUCCCAUUUCGCCACUGCCGACGAAUACACUGACACAACACUCAGAGUGAUAACUGUCGAGAAAAAACAAUACGGCCACUAUGUGUGCAAGGCUUCCAAUAAAUUAGGUUCCGCCGAAACCAAAGUUGAACUAUUUGAAACCAUUAUUCCUGUUUGUCCGCCUGCUUGUGGUCAAGCUCAGUAUGGAGCAGGCGUUAUACCGAUACCUUCAGGUCUUGUGGUAGUUACUACCUUAAUUUUCACAGUUGCCUUAAGAAGUUUCUACUCCAGAUAUUAAUUAUCCUGGACUCGAGAGAUCAGCGGAGAAACGACAAGUAGCAACCAAAUGGUUGCUUGCCUUAGUGAUUGCGUAUAUUUUUACCACUUUUUAAAAUAUUUAAGCCUAAUGACUUAACUCCAUUGAAAAUUUUAUCGUGACGUUAUUUUUGUAGUUGUUUAUACAAAAAAAAGUAAUAAGAGAAAGUGUUCUUUUUUAUCAUUUUACGCUUGCGUAUUAUAUAUAGUACAACGAAAAAUGUUGAAAAAGUACCAUAACACCAAUCGACAUUCCAAAAUAAUUGUAAUACUAAAAUUUAGGAAUUUUGCUUAAGCAAUUUGAUAAAACAAAAACUUUUUUUUUUUGUUUUGUUUUAUCAUAUAAAGAGAAUUUUUCUAGGUGAAGAAAAUAGCGAGUGAGAAAGAGAAAAGAGAUAGUCACGCUGAUAAUAGAUCUGUUUUUUUGAACAAAUUUUUCUUUUCCUCAAGGGGAAAAAAAAUCUUUUUUUAAAGAUUUGAGUGAAAAAUCGAAUGUUUUUCUUGGAUUUAUUUAUUUAUUAUUUUUUUUUAUCGUUUAAUAAAUUUUCAUUCAUUUUUCACUCAAUCUUUAAAAUUUCUAAUAUUUAUGAAAUAUAUAAUUAACCGUCAAAUUGUGGCUUUGAAGUCCAUAAAAACAAUGUUCUCCCGAUAAAAAAGAAGCGAUUGUAAAUUUUCUUCAAAACUCGGAAUUUUUUAUCCAUAAAUAUAGAAAUUUUCAUUAUUCAUAUUUUCAUUAAUAUUCAAGAUAUAAUUUUUUAUUCUCUAUAAUAGACUGAAAAUAUUUUCUAAAGACAGAAAAAAUUCCGAUCUUAAAAUUAUAAUCGGUUCUUUUGAAUCGAAUUCUCAAUAAAAUGUAAGAAUCACAAUGUGUUGUAUUAGGACAAAAAAAAUGGGGGUGGGGGAUUUUUUGUAUUUUUCUAAAUAAGACUUUUUUCUAGAAAUUUUUUACGCAAUGCCAAUGCGCAUGUUUUAUUUUUUUAAUAUUAAUUAUUAAUAUGGUAUUUUUAAUGAAGAAAAAAAAACAAAAAAGUGAUUCAAAGCCGUCUAUUUUUAGUGAUAGGGAAAAUAAUUUGUAUAUUAUGAACAAAUGAUGUUGUGCGUACCAAAUUGCGAUAUUGUACGUAUUUAAAGCACUUAGACUGUAAUACUCACGACAGGGAUGAAUCUCGUUUUAAUCAUGAACAUAUCGUUUUUUUUAAUAAUCUACGAAUCGAAUGUAUUUAACGAUAUUAGAAUCUCGUUGAAGUAAAUUUUUUGUAAAACGUUUUUUAUAAUGUUAGAGAGAAUUUUUGAGAGAGAAAGAAAAAAUACUGCUUGGCAGUUAAAAUUGUCCAAUUGAAGUUAAACAAUAAAAAUUCCCGAAAUUAUUCGCUA